UGGCGUCGUUUCGCCGAUCAAAUGAGCUUGAGAAUAUGUUUUAUUCUAUUGUGUUUUAAUUGUAACAAACAUUUAUCAUUAAUUUAGAAACCUUCCCACAAUAGUAUUAAUUUGCAUUAAAAGUGAUAGUUAAAAACUAGGAAGCUGUAGGUUUCCUAAAAAGGCGCAAUGGUGAUUUAUGUAAAGUUGGUGUGAUAUCAAAUGUUUACAUGAUUCGGGGGCAGGGCUGGGGGUCAAAAUGCUGCCGACAGUGGAGGAGAGUCGUGGCUACGACUUCCAGGAUCCGGAUAAUGCAGAGAAAUGGCGAGGGCUGUUCGUCAACUCUCUACGCAAGGUCUUGGAGUCAGUGCAUCCAACAUUAACAGCAGAGGAAACUGCACUAGAAUAUGUGGAGUCACUCUGCUUACGUUUGCUGGCGAUGCUAUGUGCGGUCCCUUCACCACUCACAGUCCAGGAUGUUGAAGAGCGAGUUGCUAGAUCAUUUCCGACUCCUUUGGACAAAUGGGCAUUGUCUGACGCUCGUGAGGCAGCAUCAAAUCGUCGCCGGAGACUGCUCCUGCCCCUUGACAAGUUGCACCAAUUGUUGCAGAAGGAGGUGCUUCUAUACAAAAUUGAUACAUCAGUGUCAGUAUUUAUGACUGCAGUUCUGGAGUAUGUGAGUGGAGAUAUAUUAAAAUUGGCCGGUACUUUUGUUAAGAAAAUCUCACAGAAAUCUGGCUACCAGACAAUAUCGUGCAGUGAUAUAAAGACAGCUAUGUGUGCGGAUAAAGUCCUAAUGGAUAUGUUCUACCAAGAGCCGGAGCUGCUCGCGGCAGGCGCGGCGGGGGAGCGGCGCGGCAGACGAGGCUCGCUGACAUACGGCGAACUGGUGCGAGACCUCCUCGCUGAUGAGAGGAACUUCCUCAGAGAUCUGCAUCUCAUUAUACGAGUGUUUAAAGAUGAAUUGGAGAAGAUUCUUGAAAGAGAUAGUCGGGCGAUAUCUUUAAUAUUUGGCAAUAUAGUGGACAUUUACGAGCUAACAGUGACGUUGCUGGGUAACCUCGAAGAUGCUAUGGAAAUGUCGCAAGAUUCACCCACACCAUAUAUUGGUAGUUGUUUUGAAGAAUUAGCUGAAGUUGAAGAGUUCCGAGCGUAUGUUCGGUACGCGAACAUUGUGACACGGAAAGAGUCGCGCGAGGCGCUGCAGAAUAUUGUCGAUGAUCCAGUGUUAUCAGAGAGAUUAGACACAGCUGGUCACGGUUUCCGGUUAGCAGUGAAAUACUAUUUGCCGAAGUUACUGCUAGCCCCAGUCGCACAUGUAUUCCUCUAUCACAACUAUGUGCUAGCGUUGCUGCAAAUAGCACCCGCAUCUGAAGAUAGGGAGAGUUUUAAACAAGUUGAAUGCAAUCUGCAUCCUAUAAAGAAAUUGUUGAUGAAAGCGCUGGGGAAUGGACCUAAGAUGGAGGCAACACUACGCACGGCUGCGAGAACGAGACGACAGCAGGCGAUAGAUAAAUGCAACGAACUGGCGCGGCUAGUGGAUAACUGGGACAACCGGGAUGUGGGACAGUGGUGCAAUGAGUUUAUUAGAGAGGAUACACUUUCCAAAAUUGGACCCGGCAAGAGGAUAGCAGAGCGCAGAGCGUACCUUUUUGAUGGGUUACUUUUAUUAUGCAAACCUAGUACAAGCCUGGUGGCAGUCAACAGUAGCAGUAUAACAGUUGGAGGCAGCAGCGGCCAGCAACUGAAGCUUAAAGAAAAAUUGCAUGUUCGCAAACUGGAAUUGGUUGAUAGACCUGAUACAGAUGAGGGCCGGCACAUGGUGGAGCUGUGCCCGCGCGUGGGCCCACCGGUGCUGCUCGCGGCCGCCUCCUGCGCAGAGAAACGCAACUGGAUGUGUGAUCUCGUUAUGUUAAAUACUAAACCAAUGUUGGACAGAAGUUUAGACAGCAUUCUAUUAGAUCUGGAAAGGCGGCAUCCAUUAAAACUGCCGCCUGUCCACUUGUACCGGUUCGCAGUUCCAGACUCGCCUGACAACAUUGUAUUAGAAGAGCGCGCAUCGCCUAACACAUCGCCUGUUCCACUUAUAAAGGGAGCCACACUACUAAAAUUAGUUGAAAGAUUAACGUAUCAUAUAUACGCGGAUUUGAACCUUGUACGAACAUUCCUAACUACGUACCGGUCCUUCUGUUCGCCAAGUGAACUGCUGGAUUUAUUAAUAGAACGCUUCAAGAUACCUGAGCCUAGUGAAGUUUAUGAUGCACCUAGAAUAGAUUGUGUGGAGAGUACAGCGAGCAGCGACGCUGAGAAACUGAGCAAGAACACGGCGCGAGAGGACUGGAAGAGAUAUAGGAAAGAGUUUCAACAGCCAGUCAAGUUUAGGGUAAUCAACGUGCUGCGUCACUGGGUGGAUCAGCAUUUCUAUGACUUUGAGCGUGAACCGACACUUCUGGAGCGGCUGCGAGACUUCCUGGAGUCGGUGGACGGCAAGCCUAUGAGGAAAUGGGUACAGAGCGUGCUCAAAACUGUGCAGAGAAAGAGUGGUCAGAACUCCGAGUUGGAGCUAGGUGGGGGCGUGUCCCACGUGUUCGAUAAGGCUCCGCCUGCGGUGUUACGGCACGUGGCGGAGCCCGAGAAGCACGCGUGGCACCCGCUCGUGCUGCACCCAUUGGAACUGGCACGACAGUUAACACUGCUAGAGUUCCAGUUGUAUAGACAGGUCAAACCAUCAGAGCUCGUAGGCGCGGUGUGGACUAAAAAAGACAAGGAUAAAACCAGCCCUAACCUUCUUAGGAUAAUAAAACACACAACUAAUUUUACAAGAUGGAUGGAGAAAUGGAUAGUAGAGAGUGAGAAUCUGGAGGAGCGCGCGGCGGUGGUUUGCCGGUUCCUCGAGCUGGCGGUGGCGCUGCGAGACCUGAACAACUUUAACGGCGUGCUGGCUGUCGCCGCGGCCUGCGGGAGCGCCUCCGUGCAUCGACUACGAGCCACUUUUCAGAUGGUGCCACUGCGACUGAUCCGAGCACUAGAAGAGUUCCGCGAACUGAAUUCUGACCACUUCCGAAGAUAUCAGGAGCGCCUGCGCAGCAUAAACCCGCCCUGCGUGCCCUUCUUUGGCAUGUAUCUCACUAAUAUACUGCAUAUAGAGGAAGGAAAUCUUGAUUUCCUUCCAAACUCUGAACUAAUUAACUUCUCAAAGCGACGUAAAGUAGCGGAAAUAACGGGAGAGAUUCAACAGUACCAAAAUCAACCUUAUUGUCUCACAAUAGAGCCUAAAACUAGAGCGUUUCUAGAAUCUUUAGAGCCAUUCCCAGCUAUGGACGAUAAUGAAGUAACGAAUUAUCUCUACGCUAAAAGUUUGGAGAUCGAACCUCGACCACCUGUCAAACAGAUGCCUAAAUUUCCAAGAAAAUAUCCCGAGUUAUCUCUGAAGCCGGUGAAGCUGUCGCGACGCUCGCACGACUCCACGCACCACUCCGCCUCCAGCGCCUCCAGUGCUGAUGAUAAUCUUAGUGUCUCGCAGUUGUCUCCGACGAGCGGCAGUACAUGGGAUGGCGCUUCUGUCGCAUCUUUACAGCUGCACCAUGAAGAUAGAGGAAGUCGCAAUGAUGACCGAGGUUCUCUCACCAGUCCGCGGUUGGAGCGCGGCUCCAGCAGUUCCCUAGGCCAGCUGGGACAGCUAAGUCUCUUCGAUAAAGGCCUCGCGUUGUUCGAUAAGAGUAAAUCUACUGUUGUUUUAAAUGCACGAAGCAGUGGACGCGAUGAGCCGCCUUCGCCUCGAGACAAUCAUUCCCCAAGACAUGACCGCAGUAACUGUUCGACGUUGAGUCGCCGCACGCCGGCGCUGUCUCCGCGCAGUGCCAUCGUGGACGCGGAUGUGUUCUACUCGCGCGGUGCGGAGCCCCUCAGCAAGCGGCAAGAACACCUGCCACAGGAGCGUGUGCCGCCGCUGCUGCCGCGCGGUGGGGGCGGGGCGGAGGGCGAGCGGCCGCCCCCGCCGCCGCGUCGCCCCGCUUCCCCACCCUCGCCGCCCUCCCCGCCAGCACCACCCGCACCGCCCCUACCACCCUCACACAACGCGUUGAGCGAGCUGCCCCCAGAGCCUCCAGACAGACCUCUACCCAGUCCCAAACUUCAUGAUCUCUUCAGAACGCCAGCAAUGUCUCCGAAGCGUUCCCCCGCGCCCGCGCCCCCAAUCAGCCCUCUACCACAGUGCAAUAACAUAGAACACAGGGCUGCGGCAUUCAACUUUCCCUCGGCUGUGUCUCCUUCUGCAUCACAUCAUUCGACGGAGGGUUGCGGCGUGUCCCCGCCCCUGCCGCCCCCGCUGCCGCCGCGCAGAAGAAGGGACUCCGCGGCACCGCCCACACCGCUACACCAGACGUCAUGGGGCGAUUCUGGCAACGCGAGCUGCAGCGGGUCACCGUCGGGGGCAGUGGGGCCGGCCAGCGCCACCCCGCCCCCGCUGCCGCCGCGCCCCGCCCCCGCCCCCGAGCUGCUGCGCCCCGCCCACUCCGCGCUGCUGCAGCGCCGACACCACUCCGCCUCUUUGGCGCCACGUCUGCCUCCGAAGCCUCCACCAGCCGCAGUUGCGCCGCGCACCUAGCACCGCCCCGGGCCGCGCCCCGAGCCCCGCGCGCCCCGCCCCCCGCGCCCGCCGCGACCGCCGCGCCCCCCGCGCCCACCUCGCGACCCCCCGCUGCCAGCCACCCUCUAGACAACUAUCAAUGUGGCAUAAAGUGUUAAUACAGUGGCUCUUAAACAAACUCUUCGGACAAUCUUAUCGUACAAAAACAUGGUGCAACCAAGUUUGUGCAAAUUAGUCAAGGUGUAAAUUAUGUGUUUAGUGUUAUGCGAAAAUAUCAAAGUGAGGUAAUCGAUGGUAGUUUUUGAGCAAUAAUUAGGUUCGGUUGACAUUGUGUUAGUGGUCGGAAUACAAUAGAGAUGGAAUAAAAUGUCACAGGGGAUCGGAAUGUAUCUAAAUAUUUAUAAAUACAUUGUUCUAAAGGAUGUGUACAAAUAUCAGUUACUCUUGUGCUUUUCAUAAGAAUAAUGUAUUUGUAGCUUUUAGCUUCUAUACGGGGCUGGGAGCGAUUGUCAUCACAAAGAGUUGACUUCCAUUGCUGGCAGCGUGCUUUGCUACAAAUGUGUAAAUUAAUAGAACUUGAAUAAAUCUA